AUGGCCGACAAGUGCCGUAAGGAGCCAAGGCCAAGGCGCAGUUUUCGGAGCCGAUUGGAUGCCAAGACCAGGAUCUCAGACCGAGUCGUUGGCGACGUGUCCCCCAGGCAGGUUAUCGACUGGGCUUUAACUACUGGUAUUAUGUCUAAUCCUUCGCCUAGGCGGUCCAUGAGACACUUGUUGUCACAGGAGCUCAUCUCCGAAUCCAUGGGUCUCCAAGGCUGCUGCGCGGCCAGUUUGCCGCUCACCAGUGCCCGACCAAAUUCAAGUGGUGUUAUAGCAGAUGCUGGCACAUCUGGAACACAUAGUAGCCACGGGGUGCGAGUCAAAAGCUCGCCUCGUGCCAGCGUAGGUGUCGGUAAAUCGCGUCGCAGAAACAGCUUACGCAUCUCGAGAGAAACUCGGCGGCUAUCGGCGUCGGCUUCGUCUCAACCUAUAAAGACUGGCGUGCCUCAGUACCUAAGCCAAUACAGCCCAGAGCGAAGUGUUGGUACUAGUUCCCCCCGAGAGAACGAAGCACAUUCAACUCAGGGCUUUGUGACAAGUCCAGAUCUACAGACAUCACAACCAGCCCCCAGUGCUGCGCACAGUCAAAUGGCGGUUGAAUCUGGAAAUGAUCGAAACGUGGAGAUGGCCGAUGCAAACGUGGUUGCUCAGGAAGAAAAGCCUCCAGAGAUGUUCAAGCAACCGCCGACACACCCCAUCACCGAAGAGCAACUAAUCAACGAAGUGCGCGGAAUCUAUAAAGGGUUGUUCAAGGUGGAGCAGAAGUGCAUGGAAAUCGACACGCAACAAGCGCAAUCAAAGGUCGAACUCUCACAAGCUCAGUGGCAGGUGCUCGUCUCCGUGCACCGAACCCUCCUCUUCGAACAUCACGACUUCUUCCUCGCCUCUCAACACCCUUCCGCUGGUCCCCUCGUCAAAGGCUUGCCGGCCAAGUACGGAAUGCCAGGUCGAAUGUGGCGCUACGGCAUACAUGCAUUUCUAGAGUUGCUGCGUCAGAAACUCCCCGAGUCGAUGGAGCACAUGCUCUCUUACAUCUACCUCGCGUACUCGAUGAUAACAUUACUACUAGAAAGCGUGCCCGAUUUCAGAGAGACUUGGGUUGAGUGCCUAGGAGAUUUGGCACGAUACCGGAUGGCGGUCGAAGAACUCGACAGAAAGGAGCGCGAUCUCUGGGCCGGGAUUUCGAGAUACUGGUAUGGGCAAGACGCAAAACGAAGUGCAGAAAAUGGCCGUGUUCAGCAUCAUCUUGCUGUGCUCGCUCGCCCGGACGUUCUCCAGCAGUACUUCCACUACAACAAAGCACUGAUCUGUCUGGACCGCUUUCCCGCUUCUAUGGGUAGCAUGAUCCAGCUAGCAACGCCUCUGAUGAGGGUGCCUGCUCACACGCAAAACUUGAUUGAUUCAUUCGUGACGGCCCAUGGCGCGCUCUUCUUGGAAGUUCCGGUGCAUGAAUUUGUUAACCGGGCAAAUGCGUUUCUUACUAUUUUGCGGACGGAGAUUAGCCGAGUCAGUCGGCACGGCCAGGCAGGCGUCCAGAUCACAUCUUGUAAUAUUUGUUCAAUACUCGAGUAUGGAAGGAAGAACGGGGUCAUGGAAAGAGAUUGGACUUUGAGAUUACGCAACCCAACAGCAGAGGAGAGGUCACUGGCAAUUCAGUGGGCAUCGACUGCGCCACCCAUCAAUACCGCCGCAUACACCGAUAUCGCAUCUCAAUUCGCGUUCCAAGCAAGCUCUCUCGCAUUCCAUACACUGAUUGUCAUGCUCGGCCAACCCGACGACCCGAACAUGUACGCCAGCGUGCACAUUUCAAUGGCAUUUAUCUGGUGUUUGACUCUCAACCCGGCCGCCAUCCAACGAUUGGAGCCGUUGGUUCCGUGGUCACUCCUCGCAAAGUAUCUGAACACAUUGUUCCGCCCCGACACGAUCAUCUCGAAGAUCGAAGACGAGUCUUUCCCGAUUCUCGACGACACAACCCCUAAACAGCUAUCGGAGGAUUCUUUGAUCAGAGGACAGGCGUGGAGUUUGCUUUACUAUCCAGAAGGAUUCUUUGACGACGCUCCACUGGAGGACGACAUACCAUACAUCGAACAACACUCGACAGUUAUUUCCAGAACACAUCGGUGUCUCUGGCUUGUAUUCUCGCUGGAUAACCUACGACCAGACGCACCUGUUUCAACCGACCCGAUUAGCAGAAUACUACGCGCCAAUCGCAGAGUCGCCCACUUCCCUCUCUGGAACCCUUCAUUCACCAACAACAUAGAAGCCCCAACAGACCAGGAGAUGCAGCGGGUGCAGCAAAUGUACAAAGUGGUUAUGGGAUGA